CAGUGGGCAACGUACUCAACUAAAGUUGUGUGAACCAGUUAGCUGCAAGUGCAAGAGGGUGGGCAGGAGGAAGAGGCGUCAGAAGGGAAAAAAAGAUACAAAGAAGCAGAGAACGACAGAGAGGAAACGGCUGUUUGUAGUGUAGCUUCAACUCCCGGCGAAACUGCAGCAGUCGACUGGAAAAAAAGAAAGUUUGACUCACGUCGACGCCGGCUGAGCCACCAUUACGCAGGCGUCCCGCACCUUAUAAGAAGCUGCCAUGGCAGACCCAAACAAGUAUCUAUAUGCGGACCGGAACCUGAUCAACAAUCCUUUGGCACAGGCUGACUGGGCCUCCAAGAAGCUAGUAUGGGUUCCUUCAGACCGCCUGGGCUUUGAGGCUGGCUCCCUAAAAGAGGAGCGAGGAGAUGAGUGCCUGGUUGAGCUGGCAGACUCCGGUAAGAAGGUCAGGGUGAACAAGGAUGACAUCCAGAAGAUGAACCCACCUAAGUUUAGCAAGGUGGAAGACAUGGCUGAGCUCACUUGCUUGAAUGAAGCCUCUGUGCUGCACAACCUGAAGGAGAGAUACUAUUCCGGACUCAUAUACACAUACUCAGGGCUCUUCUGUGUCGUCAUUAAUCCCUACAAGAAUCUGCCAAUCUACUCUGAGGAGAUUGUUGAUAUGUACAAGGGAAAGAAGAAACAUGAAAUGCCACCCCAUAUCUAUGCCAUUACUGACAUAUCUUACAGAAGCAUGAUGCAGGAUCGUGAGGACCAGUCCAUUCUUUGCACAGGAGAGUCUGGUGCUGGUAAGACUGAGAACACCAAGAAAGUAAUCCAGUAUCUGGCUCAUGUGGCCUCCUCUCACAAGACAAAGAAAGAUCAGAGCAGCUUGGUCCUGUCACAUGGGGAGCUGGAGAAGCAGCUUCUGCAGGCAAACCCUAUCCUGGAGGCAUUUGGAAAUGCCAAGACAGUCAAAAAUGACAACUCAUCACGAUUUGGCAAAUUCAUCCGGAUCAAUUUUGAUGUCAAUGGCUAUAUUGUUGGUGCAAAUAUUGAAACUUAUUUGCUCGAAAAGUCCCGUGCCAUUCGUCAAGCCAGGGAAGAACGGACAUUCCAUAUCUUCUACUACCUGCUCACAGGAGCUGGAGAUAAAUUACGUGCUGAGCUACUCCUUGAAAAUUACAACAACUACCGUUUCCUUUCCAAUGGAAAUGUGACAAUUCCUGGGCAACAGGACAAGGACAUGUUUGCAGAGACAAUGGAUGCCAUGAGGAUUAUGGGUAUCCCAGAGGACGAGCAGAUCGGCAUGUUGAAGGUGGUGGCUUCUGUAAUGCAGCUGGGCAACAUGAGCUUCAAAAAGGAGCGUCAUACCGAUCAGGCCUCUAUGCCUGACAACACAGCUGCUCAGAAGGUCUGCCACCUCAUGGGUAUGAAUGUAACAGACUUGACAAGGGCCAUCCUAACACCCAGGAUAAAGGUGGGUCGAGACUAUGUCCAAAAGGCCCAGACCCAGGAGCAAGCAGAAUUUGCUGUGGAGGCCUUGGCUAAAGCCACAUAUGAAAGAAUGUUCCGCUGGUUAGUUAUGAGGAUCAACAAAGCCCUAGACAAAACCAAGAGACAAGGAGCCUCCUUCAUCGGCAUCUUGGAUAUUGCUGGCUUUGAGAUCUUUGAGCUAAACUCAUUCGAGCAGUUGUGCAUCAACUACACCAACGAGAAGCUGCAGCAGCUCUUCAACCACACCAUGUUUAUCCUGGAGCAAGAGGAGUACCAAAGGGAAGGCAUAGAGUGGAGCUUCAUUGACUUCGGACUCGAUCUGCAGCCUUGCAUCGAACUCAUUGAGAAACCUGCCAGCCCUCCUGGUAUUCUUGCUCUGCUAGAUGAGGAGUGCUGGUUUCCCAAAGCUACAGACAAAAGCUUUGUCGAGAAAGUUCUGCAGGAGCAAGGCACCCAUCCUAAAUUCUUCAAACCAAAGAAACUGAAGGAUGAAGCAGAUUUCUGUAUUAUCCAUUAUGCUGGCAAGGUUGACUAUAAAGCAGAUGAGUGGCUGAUGAAGAACAUGGACCCUUUGAAUGACAAUGUUGCCUCACUGCUCAACCAGUCAACAGACAAAUUUGUUUCUGAACUCUGGAAGGACGUUGACCGCAUCGUAGGCCUGGAUAAGGUGUCCGGCAUGUCAGAGAUGCCAGGUGCUUUUAAGACCCGCAAGGGCAUGUUCCGCACUGUGGGCCAGCUCUACAAAGAGCAACUUUCCAAGCUCAUGGCCACUCUAAGGAACACGAAUCCAAACUUUGUCCGCUGCAUCAUCCCCAACCAUGAGAAAAAGGCAGGAAAACUAGAACCUCAUCUGGUUCUGGAACAGUUAAGAUGUAAUGGUGUUCUGGAGGGCAUUCGUAUCUGCAGACAAGGCUUUCCCAAUCGAAUCGUCUUCCAGGAGUUCAGACAGAGGUAUGAAAUCCUUACUCCGAAUGCUAUUCCCAAAGGCUUCAUGGAUGGAAAGCAGGCUUGUGUGCUUAUGAUCAAAAGUCUGGAGCUCGAUCCUAAUCUUUACCGCAUUGGACAAAGUAAAGUUUUCUUCAGAGCUGGUGUUCUUGCUCACCUGGAAGAAGAGAGGGACAUGAAAAUCACAGACAUCAUUAUUAGUUUUCAGGCUUGGUGCAGAGGCCAUUUGGCGCGCAGAGCUUUUGCCAAGCGACAACAGCAACUGACUGCAAUGAAGGUGAUCCAGAGGAAUUGUGCUGCCUAUCUCAAACUCCGAAACUGGCAGUGGUGGAGGCUAUUCACCAAGGUGAAGCCCUUGCUUCAAGUAAGCAGACAAGAAGAGGAAAUGCAGGCCAAAGAUGAUGAGUUGAACAAAGUGAAGGAGAAGCAGAUGUAUACUCAACAACAGCUGCAGGAACUGGAAGACCAACAUCAGCAGCUGAAUGCCGAGAAAAUGGCCCUGCAAGAACAGCUUCAGGCAGAAACAGAACUGUGUGCCGAGGCUGAAGAGAUGAGAGCUCGCCUGGCUGCCAGGAAGCAAGAACUUGAGGAGAUCCUCCACGACCUGGAAGCUCGUGUGGAGGAGGAGGAAGAGCGUGCUUCUCAGCUGUCAACUGAAAAAAAGAAGAUGCAACAAAACAUUUCUGACUUGGAGCAACAGCUGGAUGAAGAAGAGGGCGCUAGACAGAAGCUGCAACUGGAAAAGGUUACACUAGAGGCCAAAAUGAAGAAGUUUGAAGAUGAUGUAAUGGUCCUAGAUGAUCAGAACGCCAAACUUAUCAAGGAGAAAAAGUUGAUGGAGGAGAGAAUAUCGGAGUUCACUACCAACCUUGCAGAAGAGGAAGAGAAAUCGAAGAGCUUACAGAAACUAAAAACUAAACAUGAGGCCAUGAUCACAGAUCUCGAAGACCGACUCCGCAGGGAGGAGAAGCAACGGCAGGAGCUGGAAAAGAACAGACGCAAGCUUGAGGGGGACUUCACCGACGUACACGACCAAAUUGCUGAACUGCAGGCCCAGAUUGCUGAGCUCCGUGCCCAAUUAGCCAAAAAGGAGGAAGAGCUUCAAGCUGCUCUAGCCAGGAUUGAGGAGGAAGCAGCACAAAAGAAUAUGGCUCAGAAAAAAAUCAGAGAAAUGGAUGCUCAGAUAUCCGAACUCCAAGAUGAUCUAGAGAUGGAGCGACAGUCCCGGGCCAAAGCAGAGAAACAUCGUCGGGACCUUGGAGAAGAACUUGAGGCUCUCAAGACUGAGCUGGAGGACACACUUGACUCCACUGCUGCACAACAAGAACUUAGAACCAAGCGCGAGACAGAAGUAGCGCAGCUCAAGAGGGCCCUGGAAGAUGAGGCCAAAGCGCACGAACAGCAGAUGGUUGACAUGAGACAGAAACAUGGUCAAGCCUUUGAUGAAUUAAAUGAGCAGCUGGAGCAGGCGAAGCGGAAUAAAGUGUCCAUGGAGAAGGCCAAACAGGCUCUGGAAUCUGAAAGGAAUGAGCUGACCAUUGAGCUUCAGAGCUUAAUGCAGGGGAAAGGAGAUUCAGAACAUCGCAGGAAAAAGGCUGAAGCCCAGGUUCAAGAGUUGCAGCUCAAAUUUUCCGAGAGUGAGCGUCAGAGGUUGGAGCUAAGUGAGAAAUCUGCAAAAAUGCAGGCAGAACUGGAAAAUGUCAACGCGCUCCUGAAUGAUGUGGAGUCAAAGUCCAUUAAAGCAACCAAAGAUCACUCCACACUGGAGUCUCAGUUCCAGGAUGUUCAGGAAGUACUUCAGGAAGAGACACGGCAGAAACUGUCAAUGGGAACACGUCUGCGCCAACUGGAGGAUGAGCAGAAUAACUUGAGGGAACAGCUGGAGGAAGAAGAAGAAGCUAAAAGAAAUGUGGAAAAGCAGCUUCAAAUGGCUCACGCUCAGCUGGCAGAAUUCAAGAAGAAACUUGAGCAGGAUUCGACUUACUUGGAGAGUGCUGAAGAAGGAAAGAAGAGGCUGCAGAAAGACCUGGAGGCAACAUGCCAGCGUCUGGAAGAGAAAUGCUCUGCUUAUGACAAAAUGGACAAAACCAAGACCCGUCUCCAGCAAGAGUUAGACGACCUGCUCGUAGAUCAGGACCACCUCAGACAAAUAGUCUCCAACCUGGAGAAGAAGCAAAAGAAGUUUGACCAGAUGUUAGCAGAGGAGAAGAACAUAUCUGCACGUUACGCGGAGGAGCGAGAUCGAGCUGAAGCUGAGGCCCGCGAGAAAGAGACUCGGGCUUUGUCUUUGGCCCGCGAGCUGGAAUCUCUCAUUGAUCUGAAGGAGGAUCUGGACCGCAACAAUAAAUUGCUUCGGGCUGAAAUGGAGGAUUUGGUGUCAUCCAAGGAUGACGUUGGAAAGAAUGUUCACGAGUUGGAGAAAUCCAAACGUGCAAUGGAACAGCAGCUAGAAGAGAUGAAGACUCAGCUCGAAGAGCUGGAGGAUGAGUUGCAGGCCACUGAGGACGCCAAGCUGCGCCUGGAGGUCAACAUGCAGGCCAUGAAGGCUCAAUAUGAGCGAGACCUGGCAGGACGGGAUGAGAUGGGUGAAGAGAAGAAGAGGUCUUUGGUCAAACAGGUCCGUGAGAUGGAAAUGGAGCUGGAGGAUGAGCGGAAGCAGCGUUCGGGUGCUGUGGCCUCACGCAAGAAACUGGAGCUGGACCUGAAGGAGCUGGAGGCAGGCAUAGACAUGGCCAACAAGAACCGCGAAGAAGCCCUCAAACAGUUGAAGAAGAUCCAAGCCCAGAUGAAGGAACUUAUCAGGGAACUGGAUGACACUCGCCUGUCUAGAGAGGAUAUCCUUGCCCAGAGCAAAGAGACAGAGAAGAAGUUAAAGAGCAUGGAAGCAGAAAUGCUCCAGAUGCAGGAGGAGCUAGCUGCUGCAGAGCGUGUGAAGAGACAGGCUCAGCAGGAGAGAGACGAGCUUCAGGAUGAGAUUAAUAACCAGGCCACCAAAAAUGCUCAAGUCGCAGAAGAAAGGCGACGCCUGGAGGCUCGUAUUGCUCAGCUGGAGGAAGAGGUGGAGGAGGAGCAGUGCAAUACUGAGCUGAUCAAUGACAGGCUGAAGAAAGCAAUGCUGCAGACUGAGCAGAUGACUGUGGAGCUUGCUGCUGAGCGUAGUGCCUCUCAGCGGGUCGAAGGCGCCCGUUCUCAGUUGGAGCGUCAGAACAAGGAGCUGAGGCUUAAGCUGCAGGAGCUGGAGGGAGCGGUAAAGUCCAAAUACAAGGCCAAUAUGACCACUUUGGAGGCCAAGAUCGCUCAGCUGGAGGAGCAGCUGGACUUUGAGACCAGGGAGCGGCAAAGUGCCUCCAAGCUUGUUAGACGCACAGAGAAGAAACUGAAAGAGGUUGUUCUCCAGGUGGAGGAUGAGAGACGCAACACGGAGCAGUACAAAGACCAGGCGGACAAAUUGAACUCACGCAUGAAACAGCUGAAACGUCAGCUAGAAGAGGCAGAGGAAGAGGCUCAGAGGGCAAACGCAAACCGAAGAAAACUGCAAAGGGAGCUGGAGGAUGCCACCGAGUCUGCAGAGUCGAUGAACCGUGAGGUGACGAGCCUCAAGAGCAAGUUGAGACGUGGCGACCUCCCCUUCACCAUGCGUCGUAUCGUGACCCGCAGUGGUGCUGAAAGUGACGAUGAGGUCGAUUCCAAGAGCGAGACCCCCGAGCCCAAACCUGAAUAAGCCGCUACUGCGACAUUUAAUUUGUUAUCAACUAUUGUUAGACAACCCCCAAAUGUAUAAAAACAUGUUGUCUGUGUAUGAACUGAUCAGUUAACAAGACCAAGUUAACUUCUGUGACUUAUUGAUCAUAUUAACCAUGAUAAUCUAUGCAUUCCAGACAUAGUUACCAGUAAACGCAGACAAUCGCUAUUUUUCCUCCCCCUUUUGACUAAUAGUUCUUUCUCUGGGAAAAGUGCAUAAAGAACAUAUUUUUAUAAGGAGACAUUCAAUCUAUAAAGGCCCAAAUGUAUAAUCUAUUUUUCUAAUUGAAGGACAAGAAAACAGAAGUAUACUUUAAUGAAGACUGAUUACUGAAAGGGGACCAAAGUACUAUCGGAAUCUAUAGAUUUGUAUUUUACGCUGAAGUUUUUACUAUGAUUAAGUACUACGUUUAUGGCCCUUGCUUGCGCUUUUGCCUUACAAUGGUUUAUAUGCUCAAAUGUAUUGCACCAAUUUAAAUAUCAACAUGUGGCUAUCUUUGGAGUUUAAUCAUUUGAUUUUUCUGUGCACAUUUCAUGCGAGUAAGAAGGAAGGCGACACAAUUGAAAACUAUUGAUGGAGACAUAACAUGAAGUGAAGGAAUUAGAUUUUGACUGUGCUAAAAUUCUAUAAUUUUGCACUGAGGUAAUGGAAUAUGUAGCUUAGCUAUUAGCAACCACUGCAUUUGUGUUUUUGGAGGACACAAGCAAAGAAGUUUCAAAAUGUUGAAUAUAAACUGCGCAUCCUUGAGUACUAAAGUACAUCAACACGCACAGAGACCGUAAAUGUAGCUGAAAUAAGAUGGGCAGUGUCGUUGGCAUUGCUACCCCCCCCCCCCCCCCCCCUUUUUUUUUGAAAUUUAUUGAUAUUUUGUGACGUUACUGUUGUCGUCAUUCUUGUUCAGGGUAAAGUUAAAAUGGAGUCAUGGGGUAAUUUUUUCUAAGGGCACACACUGUAUUCUCAGGACACAGCUUAAUGAGGGAGGAGUGAGUUAGCUGUCACAUCGGUGCAGCAAGUCAUUUUACUGGUAUCCUAGGACAACACUGUGUACACUUCUCUCAAAAUUGCAGGAAAGGUUUAGUGUAGAAAUUAAACAUGAACACUUUUUAUGGUGACAUAAACCCCUCACGUUGUGCUCAAGGGUGGCUUUGGCUCACACUGCUGGGAAGUGAGAGGAAUUUCACUGCGCAUUAAAAUACUCUUUCACACUUAAAUGAAAUUCAAUCCAAAAAUAAGUUUCAAAUAGUGCAUCUCUUUUGUAAUGUUUAUCUGCACCUCAAAGUUGAAACAGCAUUGUGACGAUGUUUGUAUUUGGUAUUACAAAUAAAGAGGCUUUCUAAAUGCUAA